AUGCUACGAAUAUUUCUACUCAUCUCUUCUACAUUAAUUUAUUCCCUAUAUGCUCUAAAGUUUAUAGAUAUGAUCUCAAAGUCAACAAUCGAUGUGCUUCAUGGAUCUCGUAGGGAGGAAACAGUGCGUCAAUGUGUUUGCUCUGAGGUGUCCGAGUGCUAUAAUUCGGCCAAACAACAGGCUUAUGACUGUUUUGAUCCAUGUUGGAAGGAAAUUAAUGCGUACUCAUUGACCCAAGAGCCCGAAAAACUCCGUGUCUGCUUCGAGAAACGUCGCGGUUUCGUCGAUGACAUCAUCAAUUGCUUCCGGACAAAAAUAAAAGCAUGCGAAGAUGACAUUGAAAAAGCGAAGAUCGUUCAUGUGAAGACCUACGACUAUCCGGAUAUGAUCAAACGUGUGGAGGACGUCAUCAACGAACAAAUUCAAACAUUCCUAAAUUCGAUCACUUCAAAUCACGUGAAGAAUCUUUUUGUUCAGCAAGUCGUCAAUGCAGGAGCGUCAGUGGCACGUUGUGUGAAAAAUUGCUUUAUUGAAAAAAAUAAGGACGGUUAUUGUUUUGAUAAAAAAGGUUGUGAACCAAAUAUCGCCGAUCGUAACGCGAAAUUAGCGAUUCGACAAUGUUCACGGCAAGUGAAUUGGAAGAAGGAAGUCGGUGAUCUGUGUAGAUGUUCGAGUCAAGCUGGUGUUAACGGGAUUUCCGAUUAUUGUGGUAUGCUGAACAUUAUGGGAUAA